CGUAACGCUCCUACCGCGUCUCACAACAAACAUUUCAGCUGUGAGAGCGAAGCGUUCAAAGGUUUGGGUUUUUUAAAGUUUUUAAACUAUUUAAAGUGCCUAAAUUUUUUUGGGGAAAGUAAUUGCUACCAAGGAGGAAACACGAGCAACCUCAUGAAGGACUUAGUGUGCUCACGGGAGAAAGUCAAAAGAGCGCUGUUUUUGACAGUUUACGUGGAGCGGCUAAUGCUAACGCAAACACCGCGUCUUCAACAAAGCUCUUUUGACCAUCCUUUGGCAACGAAAAGUCACGGCAAUCUUGGAUGACAAUGACCGUCCGUCCUAAUCAGUCACCAAAGGAUCUGCCAGAGGUCAGCAAAGAAAAUUGGCUGCAACUUUGGAGAUGUGCAUCGGGAAUGUCGCUCGAGGCCGAAACACGAGUGCGUUUUUGCAAAUUCGAGACAAUUAGCCUCACCAUUUUGCAGCCAUGGCUCCCACGGUCACUGAUGACACUUCAUGAAAGAGAGACACUGCAGCAUCGCCGACUCACCCUGCGACGGAGACGCUCACUGCACGGCCCCUAAAUGUAUUGGACUGUGCAAAGGCUGUGGACCCUCUGUGUUGUCAAUGCAUAUAAGCAACAAAUGACUUGAUAAACAUGGGAAACAAGCAGACUAUUUUUACAGAUGAACAGCUUGAUGCCUACCAGGAUUGUACUUUUUUCACUCGCAAGGAAAUCUUACGGUUGCAUGGUCGAUACCACGAAUUGGCCCCUCAUCUUGUACCAAUGGACUACACAAAAGAUCCUGAUUGUAAAUUACCUUUAGCCUUGAUAGUCAACAUGCCAGAGUUAAAGGAAAAUCCAUUCCGUAACAGGAUUGUUGAGUCUUUCUCAGAGGAUGGGAUGGGGAAUCUCAGCUUCAAUGAAUUUGUGGAUAUGUUCUCGGUCCUCAGUGAAAUGGCUCCGCGGGAACUGAAGGCCAUAUACGCUUUCAAAAUAUACGAUUUCAAUGUGGAUAAUUACCUUUGUAAAGAGGACCUGGAAAAAACUCUGAACAGGCUGACAAAGGAGGAGUUGACUCCGGAGGAGGUGCAGCUGGUGUGUGAGAAGGCCAUCGAAGAGGCGGAUUUGGAUGGAGACAAUAAACUCUCCUUUGCUGAUUUUGAAAAUAUGAUAUCAAGGGCUCCUGAUUUCUUAAGUACUUUCCACAUACGAAUCUGAGAGGGCUCCACGGUCAAGUCGAGCACAGUGCCUGUCCGCUACUCCGAAUCAUCCCGUCCGUCUUCUCCAGCUUCCGCUGCCCCUCGCCUCCGCGACGUGUGCCCGGGUAGAGCGCAACACACACACACACACACACACACUGGGGUGGAGUGGAAUUCUCAGGAUGCUGGAUGUCGUAACGGAUGAUUACAGUCAUUCAAUCGCCACCGCCGAAAGGGCUCGGCCCGGGUUGCUCUGUUGAAUGAACGAACUCGAUGCAGACGGCAAGCGAUGGAUUUUUGGGCCUUUACGGCACAUCUGAUAAUGCAUAAAAAGUGAAUCUACCUACUGUAUAUUGCACAUGACAUACACCCCACUUUCUAGAUAUUCCGUAUCUAUUGGAUGACUGUGUAGCAGAUCAGCGAGGGCAUCAAUGAGCGACAGUAUAUGCACUAUUUGUAAAUGCAUGGUAAACUUCUGGCUCUUUUGCGGCGUAUUGCUUCUUUGAUGUUAUGGUUAUGCUCGUGGAACUGUAACAACAUGACAAUCGUAUUUUAAUUUCCUCCAGCUGAUUGAAGGGCUAGCUUUCCAUAUUCUGCCUUGGCCAUUACCAUGAGGUGUUCCUUACAGCCCUUUUUUGAAUAGACAUUUUUCAAGUUUUACAUGGAUUGCAUUAUUGGAAAUAAAUGUCUUCUCUGUCAGGUU